UCCUUCUCCAUUUUCUGAUAUUAGUUAUUUGACUAGCAUUUAAUGUAUUAUUAUUAUUAUUAUUGUUAUUACUAUUUCUAUUUUUAUUAUUAUUUUUGUGUUAGCGUUGCAAAGCUAUAACCAAGAUAAAUAUCUACAUAGCAAGCUUUAUUCCAGACACUAAAAUGGCUGACAGCGGGGAAGAGAAGUUACUUGCUGUGGCGCGCCACAUAGCGAAGACGCUGGGGAACGACAAUCGAACCGUUGCAGAAGACAUACUCAAAAUAUUCUCAAACUUCGAUGCUCGAUUCUCCAAGGAGAAGCUUUCUGAUCCACUGGGCUGCGCCGCACUGGAACAGACCCUCAACUCACUCGAUGAACGCAUCUCGCGCCACGUGUCCUCACGCAAUAACAACGACAACAGCCAGGCAAUCUUUUCCGUCAACACCGCCGCGUUCCUCGCUUCGGUCGACGAGCUCACCGCCACCGUCAACAGAUGGAAGCCUCUCGCCGCGGAUGAGACCGUAGGCGCGUGCCUCUCACGUGCUGACGAGAUGCUCCGUCGGGCUAUGGUCCUAGCAGAAGACGAGUUCCGCUCACUCAUGGAUGAGUCAAUUCGGAACACGUCGUUUGACUCGGACGACGGAGGCGAAUUUGAAAGAGACGAUGAGAGUUGCGGCAACGGCGUUGAGGAUCAUCGAAUUCCAGCGGCGGAACGGGUUUCUGAGGACGAUGUGGUGAUUGAUGUGUUGCCAGCAGGUACGGUGAUCGAUCUCCGGGAGAUAGCGACGCGCAUGGUGGCGGCGGGGUUCGGCGACUCGUGCGCGCGCGUGUACGGUGGUUGCCGGAGGGAGUUCUUAGAAGAGAGCUUCUCGAGGUUAGGGUUUCGGAAUCUUUGCGCUUCGGAGAUUCAGGAGAUGCCAUGGCAGGUUCUUGAAGACGAGAUCGAGCGUUGGAUCAACGCCUCCAACGUCUCACUCAGGAUCCUUUUCCCCAGCGAGCGCCGGCUGUGCGAUCGCGUAUUCUCCGGCGGUUCCGCCGCCGAUAUCGCGUUCGGUGAGGUCUGCCGCGAACCUGUGACACAACUGCUGAGGUUUGCCGACGCCGUCGCGAGUCACAGCCGCUCGCCGGAUCAGUUGUUCCGAAUCCUCCACGUGUUCGACACAAUGCGUGAACUAAUUCCUGAAUUCGCAUCGCUCUUCUCUGAUUCACAAUGUGAGACGGAAGCAAUUGAAGUUUGGAAGCGAUUGGGGGAAGCGAUCAAGGAAAUUUUUGUGGAAUUGGAAAACCUGAUUCGCCAAGAUCCGGCAAAGGCGGCAGUUCACGGCGGUGGGCUUCACCCUAUCACUAAAUAUGUAGUGAAUUACCUUGUGGCCGCGUCCCAGUCACGGCGAACCUUGGAACUAGUUUUCCAAGGCGAUUUUCUUCCAUUGAAGGAUUUCAUCACUAUGGUUGAUGAUAAUAAGCAUCAAUCUGAUUCUCAUUUUUGUGUUCAAUUGUGUGGGAUAAUGGACUUGUUAGAGAGCAAUUUGGAAGCCAAGUCCAAAAUCUACAAGGACCUUGCAUUGUGCUCUGUUUUCAUGAUGAAUAAUUUGAGGUACAUUGUUCAGAAGGCGAAAACCAGCGAAUUGGGUUCCGUUUUAGGUGAUGAUUGGAUCCGAAAGCACACUGCGAAAAUUCGGAGAUUUCAUGUGAGCUACCAGAGGAGUUCAUGGAGCAAGGUGGUGGGGUUCUUGAAGGUUGAGACAAGUGAGGUGACAAUGGCAGCAGGGUCUAGUGUCGUUGUUGAGGUAAAGGCUAUGAAGGAGAAGCUGAAGAUGUUCAACUUGCACUUUGAGGAGAUUUGUAGGGUUCAAUCUCAUUGGGUUGUGUUUGAUGAGCAGCUUAGGGAGGAAAUCAGAAUUGCACUGGAGAAGAUCUUGUUGCCUGCCUAUGGAAGCUUCAUUGGAAGGUUCCAUAAUGUUCCGGAACUCAGCAAGUACGUUGACAAGUAUGUAAAGUAUGGGGUGGAUGACAUUGGAGAUCGGCUUAACGAUUUGUUUCAGGGAGAAAACAGCGUAUUAGAAGUUUCACAUCGCUUUAAGAUAUGGCUAUGAGCAAGUCAAGGUAUAAAAUAGAGGGACCCUUUUUAUGUAUGUAUGAAUCUGGUAGUGUAAUUAGAUAUACAAAGUUUUGGAUGUCACAAAUUGCAGUCCUAGACUCCUAGAGUACUUGUGAUCUCAUCAUACAUGUAUACUAGUAUACCAUUGUUGGCUUUUUUGCUCAGAAAUUAUUGUAUAUACAUUAUAUUUCUUAUAAA